ACCAAAUUGCAUGCUAUACAACCUAAUUGGCUGUUACCUUGUUAAAUUGCAUUUAAUAUAUUUGUAACGUCAACGCCUAACCUUAAUGAGAUAGGAUUGUUUGACUUGUACAAACAGUUACGUGCAGUCUGCAACCAUUCCCAAAUUCAUACCAAUGGUCCCCAUUAUAAAUACAUGUUAUCUCUAUGAAACUUAAACCACACCUUAAAUUGAUCUAUAAGUCUUUAGAAAAAUAACUACAUGCUCAAGAUGAAAACAUUGUUACUACUUCUGUUCUCCACAAUCUCGCUUUCAAUGGGACAACCAUCUCCAAAUCAACUUCGAGACCUUGAUGGGAACUUGGUACGUUCUGGUACUAAGUACUAUAUCUUACCUGUGAUCCGAGGAAUGGGUGGCGGCCUUAUACCAGCCUCCACGAGAAAUGAGUCAUGCCCACUUGACGUUGUCCAAGCCAACCAAGAAGUCAAUAAUGGCAUGCCUUUAACAUUCACACCGGUGAACCCCAAGAAAGGUGUCAUUCGGGAAUCAACAGAUCUCAACAUUAUAUUCUCGGCUGCAUCGACCUGCAUUCAGUCGAAUGUAUGGAUGCUUGAGGAGUACGAUGGACAACUAAUCGUAACAAGUCAUGGAGUGGCGGGAAACCCUGGUCAGGAAACCAUCAGUAACUGGUUUAAGAUAGAGAAGUAUGAGGAUCAUUACAAACUUGUGGUCUGCCCGACUGUAUGUGACAUUUGCAAGCCUGUUUGUGGAAAUAUUGGUGUUGUAAUUGCUAAAAAUGGAAGUAGACGUUUGGCUAUUAGUGAAGUGCCUCUUAAGAUUAUGUUUAAGAAGGCAUAAAGACUUUUAUUUUUUAUAUUCAGGAAAAUAUUUUCAUAAAUUAAAAAAUCGAUUCAUUUUCAUGAUUUU